AUGCGGUGUUUAGUACUGCUCUCGUUGUUAUUUAUAUUCCCAGGACCUUCGGCACACUUCCGCCACCCUGCCAGCACUGGACACCUGAGCAGCUCCUUCCUAGUCAGCAAUUCCCCUCUCCUCCGGAUUGCAAUGGCGAUUUACUUCGGGAUAGUGUACACGUUACAUCAGCAGCAGCCCGUCCCAAUAACGAGCUGUGGUGUUACAAAUGCAUGGCUGAAGUUCCAGAAGAUAAAUGCGCUGACCUACGACAUAACAACUCUGCGCUUAUACACAAAUGUCACAAUGACCGGCGAAUGUGCAUGG